AUGGCAUUGGGACCCCUUGUUGCUUCGAUAAGUGGCUUGGCUGCGGUGGCACUGCUCAUCUCGCGCGAAAUUGGCGGAUAUGACAGGCCGGAUCGUUUCGUCAUAGUCACCUCUCCCAGCACUCGGAAUGUGUUGUGGGCCCCCCUGCCGUCCUUACACGACCUCACCUUGCCUGUGAAGGACCGAUGGAUCCCAGAUGCACAGAUUCUCAUCGACGGAAAAGCCAGUAAGUGCUGGGGGUGGACGUGCUCUGAGCAUUCAGAUCGUGGUCUGGAAGAACCAACGGGGCUAGCGCUCUACCAGAGAGGUGGGGGAACUGCUUGGCUCUACAUCUCGGACCCGAAAGUCGGCUUUCUCUACCGAUAUGAGGUCUCUUCGACCUGGCGUGGCCUACAAGCCGAUUCCCAGCAGCUUGUGGCCAGUGAUCUGAAGGACAGUGCACACUGGCUGGCAGUUGACAGCUACGGGAACUUGUUCUACACAGAUGCCAAGGCUGGAGUCAUCUCAAUGAUCAGCUCCGAGGACAUGUCCAAGGGCAUUCCGAAGGGGAGGACCCUUGUGAGCUCGGAGAAGCUGAAACAUGUCGCCGGGCCUGCUGGCAUCGCAGUGGAUGCUAUGGAUGUGUACUGGGCCAAUCUGAAGGGCGACCAGAAGAAAGGCACUUUGCUCAAGGCUGAGCAAGUGUCCGCUGGCAAGGCGAAAUCUGCCACAAUCUUGUCCGGGACGAGCGAUAUGUACCAGGCGAUGGUCAAGGAUGUUUGCCUGGCGGGCAGCAACGUGUUCUUCACCGGUGAUGGGGAAUCGCUGUUCGCAGUCAAGGCAGACGGUUCCGGCAACGUGACGGAAGUGGCGCGAUUGCAGCAGCCGCGGGGCUGUGCCUAUGACAAGGAAAACACGCUCUUCGUUGCUGACAGCGGGAGAAACGCUGUGGUUUCGCUUCCCGCCAACAUGGUGAACCCUCGUGCCGUGAACAAGCUGCAAGUUCGUGGGACCUGUGGGCUUUGGAUCUUAAGCAUGCUUGCGACCUUACUCGUUUCUCCCGUGGAUGCGAGGUGA